CCCAUCACGGGGGCCAGGCGGAUGGUGACUCGUGAGUUUUGAUUGAGUGGAGUUGACUCGUGUUUGUUGUAACGCACCACACGCGCCCAAAGAUGAGCGUCUUUCAGCGGUGCGUUUUCCAAAGGCUCCUCCAGCAGGUGUCUUCAGGAGCCCGGGGACGGAACGUGACGUCGGGACUGGUGUCGGUGUCCACACAGUGCGCGCUGUGGAGAGGGCGCGCCACGGCUGGAGCAGGGUACAGGAAUAAAUCAAGUGCCCCGUGCGUAAAAGAGAGGACGUUCAUCGCGGUGAAGCCUGACGGAGUUCAGAGGCGCCUGGUUGGACAAAUUAUCCAUCGAUUUGAGAGACGAGGAUUCAAGCUCAUAGGACUCAAACUUUUACAGGUUUCCAAGGACCUCCUGUCUGAACACUACUGCCAGCUCACCAAGAAGCCCUUUUACCCAGAUCUGGUGAACUACAUGACCUCAGGACCCGUGGUUGCCAUGGUGUGGGAGGGGCCUGACAUAGUGAAGAUCUCCAGAAUGAUGGUGGGACACACAAACCCAGCAGAGGCCCACGCCGGUACCAUUCGAGCAGAUUUCAGCUUUCACGUCAGCCGGAACGUGGUCCAUGCUAGUGAUUCGACGGAGGGCGCGCAGAGAGAGAUCCAGCUGUGGUUUGAUGGACAGGACCUCCUGAACUGGGACUGCAUAGACCAGAGUGUCACUAGUGAACUCUGAGGGACCCUAACCCAACCCUAAUGCAGAGAGGAACCGUGAUUCUACCUCUUCUCCUGCUGCUAUUUGUUUCGAAAGUUAUAAUUUCUAACAUCUGCGUAAUCCCUGUGUGAUCCAUAGCAAAAGAAAAGUAUAAAAUCUGUCAACUGGACAAAACGUUGUUGGAGUGAAGACGUUUCUCUGCUCAUCCAAGACGCUUCUUCAGUUUUAAUCAGAUUGCUGGUGGACGCAGUUUUAUAUCUGUCUGAAGGAAGCCGCUAGCUACACUGAAACUCAAAAAAAAUACAUAUUGUUUACAGUUUCUAUUUGUAGGCAAGGUCUUUCGUGCUACCCUAAGUGUGCACUGUGCCUGAGUCCUACUUAACAUAGUCAUUCAAGCCCCUAAUGAGUGAUUUCACACCUACUAGACCCAAAGCAAAACAAAGAAAACAAUAGGAACGAGCAAGAUGCUGAGGAUGGAGUUAUAGAGAGGAGACUUAAUUGUCAAAAUAUUAUAUAUGAGCCAACAGAUUAAAAUGUGUUUAUUAAAUAGAUUCAUUACAUGUGCACUUAACUCUGCUGGUGCCUCGUUACUGGGCGUCAAACGACAUCACAACAUUGUAUUGUAUUUGUCUGUAUAAUUGAGAUUAAAGUGGAUAUGGCAGGUUACACUGCUCAUUUCACUCAAACAUAGGUGACACAAAUAAAAAAAUUAAAAACUCU